AUGGAUGAGGGUUGGAAAGUCAAGAGGCCGUCUAGCGGGGCAAAGGUGGAGUCCAAGCCGUUUUCUGUGCAGGGGCAUACCUGGAAGCUGAUUCUGUCGAACAGGUGCAACAGGGUGUACUUGGCGCUGGAAUACCAAGGGGGAUCCUAUCAUGACAUCCUAACAGCAUUUUGUUUUGACAUUGAUGGGAAGAAAUAUGAAUAUCAGUACCAGUUUUCGAUGUUCAGCACAGACAUCGGGAUGUAUAUUGAGGAGAAGGAGAGGUAUGUGAUCAGGGUUGAUGUCCGUGUAAGGACCGGGUGCUACAACUCGAAGGAGGAGACCGGAUAUGUCGGGCUUCGGAAUCUUGGGGCAACGUGCUACAUCAACUCCUUGAUGCAGGCCCUGUUCAGCAUAGCCAAGUUCAGGAAUGACGUGUUUGGGCUAGAGCCCAGAGGAAGAGUCCUGCUUCUCCAGAAGCUGUUUAAGGAGAUGCAGACGGGAGAGCAUCCUGUGGACACAACAGACUUUGUUGUGAAUAACAUAUGGGUGGACGAUGUCCAUGUCCACCAGGAUAUCCACGAGUUUUCGAAGGUUUUUUUCGACUCUCUUGAGAAGGACAGCAAGAGGAAGGACGUUAUCGAGGACAUGAUACAGGGAGAGCUGGUGACAUAUAUAAACGGAAAGUGCGGAUGUGUGAGGAGGAUAAAGGAAAAGUUCCAGGACAUCCAAGUGGAGAUCCGGGACUUCUUCAACAACAAGCUAUCGUCGAAUCUGCAGGAGUCUCUGAAAAGAUAUGUAAAGAGUGAGAUUCUCGAUGGGAACAACAGGUACAACUGCGAGAAGCACGGGCUUGUUGAUGCGAAGAAGGGUGUGAUGUUCAGUUCUCUUCCCCCGGUUAUGUUUAUUCUUUUGAAGAGGUUCAAUGUUGACUUUGAGACAGGAAAUGGGUACAAGAUAAACGACUACUUUGAGUUCCCCGAUUCGAUUGAUAUGCUACCGUUUCUGGACAGGGACUCUAAGAGAAAGGAGGAAUCUGACGCGACGUAUGAUCUGUACUCUGUCAUAGUGCAUAGGGGAGACCACGAUGAAGGCCAUUUCUAUGCAUACCUGAAAAUCAAUGGAAGAUGGCUCAAGUUCAACGACACUGUUGUGACCGAGGCUGGGGAGAUGGAGGCACUGGAGCACAACUUUGGAGGAAGACAUCCUUAUAAGGACAGGAUACGAGACCAUUCUGGAUAUUACCUGAUCUACCUCAGGAAAAGUAUGGCCAACGAUCUGUUGAAUGCGAAGGUUGUAAUCCCCCCGAGAACGGAGGAGGUGCUGAGCAGAAAGCAGGACAAGACUCUGGUCAGGUGCAUAAGAAUAGACAACAUCAGGAACUACAGGGGAAUUGGGUUUUACAACAUCGACUCAUACGACUAUCCUCUGAGCAGCUAUGCCGAGUUUGUCAUGAAGGAGGGAGAUACCAUCAAGCUGCUAAGGAACAACAUUGAAAAGCACCUCAGCACCCGGAAGUCUUUGUAUUUAUUUGAGUGUACCAGGAUAAAGAGCCAUGAAAAGGGUGAGACAUCUGACAGACCCUGUAAGAGGGUUAAGGAAGACACGCGUGAGUUGGUAGGGACAAAUACAAGGACUGUGGAGGAGGAGGCAUCCAGGAUCAUUGAGCAUGUUCAACUCGACUAUCAAAGAAAAGUCGCCCUCGUGAAGGAUGGAGUUAUUAAUGUCAGUGCAGACUACUUCGUCUACACAUGCCAUCCAGGGGUUAAUUUCGAGGGGCACAGGCUUAUAUUCCUUAAGGUCUUCAACAGCAUUCCCUGGUGUGAAGACACGCUGCCCACAUCUCUACGACUCUGUGCAUGUGUGCACAUGGAUGGAACCAUCGGGGACAACAUAGACGUUAUUGGUGAGAAGACAGGGCUUGAUGACAUUGCAGUGUUCAGAGAGUUUGACUUCUCGUCUGCGCUGGACCCAUCCACCAAGAUUUCUGACCUUCCCCAGGGAGAUGUCUUGGUUGCAGUCAGAAGAGAGAACGUCUUGGAGUUCCUUGACUUCAUAGGGGACUUCUACCGGAGGCUAUGCGUGAAUGUUUCCUGUGGGCCCCACAACUUUACCAUAUUUGUGAAAAGAGGUCUGAAAAGCACUGAGCUUGAGGACAGGAUCCGGCGGUUUGUCGGGUCGAAAGAAAUAUUUCUGCGGAAGGAGGCUGUUUCUGACAGCUCCGAGUUCAGGACGGCACCAGAGGACUCUGUCCAGUCGGAUCCGGAGCCUGAUCUUCAUGAAUACCUGCAGCCCAGGAAUUCUGUGUCAUGCUUCAUCAGCGCUGGAUAUCAAGUAGUCUAUCUAGCAUUCUGCAACAAGGAGAUGGACUACAAUGCCGUCCCUCACCUGCACAUCCUUGUGACUAAGGUUGGGUGCACGUCCUUGGAGCUGAUCAAGAGUGUUCUUGUGUCCCGCUUUGUAUGCCUCAAUCCUGUGAGAGGGCACUCGUUGAAGACCCUGAGAAUAGUCGACACGGUCCGGGACACACUGUAUCUCAAGGCGUUUGCGAUGUCCGAGGAGUUUACUACCAACGGGAUGUGUGUUAUCCAGCCGUUUGUAAGGAGGGCCAUCAAAACGGCAUAUUACACCGGGAUGUACAAGAUAGUGGGGUUUCCGUUCUUCCUGCAGGCUGAUGUGGAAACCGUUACAGAGUUCAGAAAGAAAUACAAGUUAUUUGGAAAGAUGGUGAUGUUCGAUGGAAAGAGCUACACCGACCUGGAGCUUGACUGGCCGAUGAGCAAAUUCAACGACGAAUGCUUUCUUCUAAUUGAAAGGACAUAA